CUGUUUGAAGUAGGAAAACAAGACAAUUCCAUGGAUCCUAUCCUGGACAUGAUCAUUCAGAGGUUUAAUGUGUUGACUGCAAAUUUUGAUUUCGGAGCAAUUUUGAAUAUUGUCAAGAUUUUUAUGACGUCAAAAGUUGCCGCGAGCGCAAAACAAAAGAUUUCUGAAGUUGAGCUCUUAGUACGAAAAACGCAAAACGCAAAACACAUCGAACUGAUCGAAUCAAUGACGACGGAAAUAAAUGAUUCUAUGGAUGAAGAAUCGGUUAGACGUGCUCUUAUGAUAGAAACUAAUGAGAAGAAAGAAGAAGAAAACAUUGUUUCAACAUCGAGUCCAAAGUUCUUAGAGAAAGAUGUUACUACAGAGAGCCACCUUCCAGAGUCUCAAGGAGAAAGUACACAUCCCAGCGUUACUAAAGACAACUUUGGAGAAGUGAAUCGAGAUGGUGGAAGAACUCCUAAUAAACCUAUUACUCUUGGUACUGGCAAUUCAUCUAGAAAUACUGCUGAUGCCUUUUUAGUUUUUGUAAUAUUUUUAAUGUGUGUGAUGAGAACACUAAUUUUUAAUGAUUUAUCAAUAAAAAAUUGAUUAUUAAUAAACGGUAAA